AUGGCUCUCAACGCCAACGGCCUUGGCGUUGAGAGCCAUGAGGUCAGCUGCGAGAUGAGCCAGAUGGCGGACAUGAGCCAGUUGCAGACGGGUGGCGCCGUCGGUAUGAGCCAGAUGGCAGACAUGAAUCAGCUCGAGCAGAUCAAAGAGUGCGACACCAGCCAACUGGUGGACAUGAGUCAGAUGCGUGCGGGGGAAUCGCUGUCUGAGGAUACAUGUUUGAGUGCAAACGAGACACAUACGGAAUCACUCGGCUUUUCUCAGAACGCAUGCGUGGAUGCUUGCAGUUCACAAAUGCCUGAUGUGUCUUGCACACAGCAGAGCGUGGAUCUGGCUCAGGUGGCAAGUGAUAAUAGAGCAGCAGACGCCAAUCCGGUGCUGCCUUCGCCCACUACUUCUCAUUCGAGUCCUUUGUGGGAGUGUGCUGCUGAGCCAGAACAUGCAAAGGAUAUCAACGCAGUAACACUCGACACCGAUCAAGAGCUUAGUGGAAUUCGAAGGACCCUAUUCCUUCUUAACAAGAUGCGCACGGUUUCUUACAUCCCGCUAAGAAAGAAGUUGAUGUCCAUUUUGAACCUGUUCAGCAAGCUCUGCCAAUCGGAGAGAACUGAAAUGACUGCAAGAUAUCAGCUUUCAAGUUUCCUUUUACGGCUUUUUCUCAAGCUGUUUGAAUGUCGCACUUUGAACAACGAUAAACUAUAUGAGCUCUUCAAAAUUGGAAUCAACUGCUAUGUUUUGAACUUUAAACAUUUUACAAAGGCAGACAAAACCCAGCUUGGGUUGCUUUUCCAAUUCAUUUGUGACUUGAUUUUUGUGAAUGCCAAAAUCAAAUCAUAUGGGAAAGAGAGUUACUUCUCGUGGAUCGAAACUCAUAAAGUAAAAAACCAGCUAACGGCCACAUCCAACAAGACGCAUUUGCAAAUUUUGCUCUAUUACCUACUAGAGUUGUUGUUUCUUCUAUUAGAGUUUAAAGCUGAAGAGAGAACAAUCAGCGACGGAUUCUACAUCCAGAAUCAGCUGAGGAAGUUGCUAGCCUUCUUGAUUUUGAAUGGAAAUACAGAACUCGUCAGAUUAUUCAGACGCAAUAAGUAUAAGAUGGUGACCCAAAAAAGCAACUCGCUACAGUGA